UUACGUAUGAAAACAAUUAUUUCAUAGUAUAAUACAUUAAGAUAUAUAAUAUAUAUAUAUUCACCAACACGUUGGAAAUGGCUACUGUGUUGAUCUUGUUCGCCACCCUGUUCGGUCAUCUGGCUCUAGCCUAUCCGCCUACGAUCUUCGAGCACAGCAGUUUCGAGCACCAUGAUGACCACCAAUACGCCCACGCACCCAUUCCAUAUCACUUCGAGUACGCUGUGAACGACCCACACACCCACGACGUCAAAAGCCAUCACGAAUCUAAUGACGGGCACGGAAACGUCAAAGGCUCAUACAGCCUCCUGGAGGCCGACGGUUCCACCCGGGUGGUCACUUAUACCGCUGACCACGAACACGGUUUCAACGCUGAGGUGAAGAAAAUCGAAGCGCCGGCUCACCAUGAAUUCGACGUCACCAACUACCACGAGCCAACCCAUAGUACGUACAAACCGUCUUCGCACUUUCACUCAUACUGAUGAAUGCGAAACGAAGAGAUGACCGAUUGUAAUAAAUUCCACCGAGCGUACCUUUUUGUUUUUGAGUUUGUAGGUAUACAUAGUACCUACAUUCCACUGGUACGUUUAUUGUGGGCACGAAGAAUGUCGUAUAAUUAUACCUAUUAUUCAUGUCACCAACAUUAUAAUACAUUUUUAAUUCAUAUGUUGAACCUAUAUUCUAUUAUAAUACAAUUAAUAUUCCUUCACAAUCCUUUCCCACUUAAAAAUAGAUUAUUUUCGUUAUAUUUCACCC